CUGAUCUUUUCGGUAUUCAAAACCCUCACCGACCAAAGGGUCACUGUCGAGCUUAAGAAUGACCUCUCUAUCACCGGCACCUUGAAGUCUGUUGACCAGUUCCUCAACAUCCGACUAGACAACAUCAAGGUUCUGGACGAGGCGCGACACCCGCAUAUGAUGGCGGUGAAGAACUGUUUCAUUCGCGGCUCCGUCGUCCGGUACGUGCAACUGCCAGCCGAGCACGUGGAUACCCAGCUGUUGGAGGACGCGACACGACGAGGUACGUGA